AUGUCUGGAUAUGAUCAUAGUUCAGAUAGGAAGUCCAAUGAUUCUAAAAAUUCGGACACUUCAGAAUGUGAUGCAGCAACUCCUAGAAGUUCUUGCAAAAAAGUUGCCGCAAUUAUAAACAAGUUUGACAAUUGUAAAAGGAAGAUAGUGAAAGAUAUGGAUUUUGGAGGCUUGUUGGACCUUCCACAAAUAAACAAGUUAGAUCGUAAGUUCACAGUGCUGGUGCUAUGCAACACUGAACCUGAUACUAGAACAAUAAGAAUCAAUGAUAGAGUUUCCCUCACAAUAACUGAUGAAGAUGUCCACAGAAUUCUAAGAAUACCAAAGGGUCCGAACUUGUUGAGAGGAUUGGAAUGCCAAUCAGUAGAUGAGAAAAUUGAAUUCUUGCAUCUGGCAAUGGGAUCUGUUACAUACGACCCUGAAGAAAUGAACAGUUUGAAGGUGGCUAAAACAAUAAUAACCAGGGAGUACCCAAAUGGUAUGGAUGCAACACAGGUUGACCAAUUCAAGACUUCUUUUGUUUGCUUCAUAAUGGGAUAUUUCUUAAUAGCUCACAGCAGUGCAAAUCACGGAGCUAAAGAUUUCUGGGGUUCACUACUAAAACCAAAUGAAAUACCAUCAUACAACUUUUGCUUAGCAGCAAUUGAUGAAAUUAUGAAUGCAGCCAGAAAAGCUCAGUAUGAACUGAAGACCAAAAAAUGUGUGAAAUAUGUUUCAAGUUGCGCACUACUUUUGCAGGUGAGUAAUGUAAUUGAAAGAAGCAUGAUUCUGAAAUAUUAUAUUAUUUUCUGCGUCUGA